AUGCAGAUGGCCACCGGUUCGGACAGAUCUAACCAAACGAAAAUGAAAGUGACCGAAGCCGACAAGGAGGUAUCCACAGCCCAGAAGAGCCGCGGACUGAGUGAGGCCGACGCGAACCGCGGCAAGCCCUCGACACUGAUGGCGCAGAUCGAAACCGGUCUCGGGGUGCUGGCGGAGUUCGUAUCGGAAGGCGUCGACGAGUACGUGUCGGACAAGAAGAAGAGCAAAGAUGGCGAGGAGUCGUCCAAGACGCACCUCCACCACCUGCUGAAACUAGGUAACGGUCGCACCGACGAGGACGAGGACUACCGCGACCCGCUCGCUGCUGUGGAGGCUGGUUUGGUGGAUUACGCUGGCAUGGCGGCGGGCAGCCCGGAAAAAGCACUUGGUAGAGGCAAGAAAGAGGGUGACCAAGCGGAUUAUGGGAUUGGUGGGAGUGGCGAACAUAGUGCUGGAGGUGGGUCUCGUAGUGUCGGCAGUGGCGGCAGUGUCGGCGACGGCGGCGGUGGCAGCGACGACGCCGGCAACGACGUCAGUGCACCGCCGGGCGGGAGCAUGGAGGGACGGCGCGCCGGAAGCGGCGCGGUCAGUCGGUUCGAGGACGACGAUGUCGGCGAACUGCGGAGACGACGUACGAACACUAGCAUCACCACUUCCACUAGCACUUCCGCCACCGGGCGAGACAGUUUCUUGCCCCUCUAUGUCUUGAGAAAGCACAAGCACAAGAAGAAGAAGACCUUCAUGAAGCUGUUCAUUCUGGGCGCCGCGCUCAAGGCCAAGAUCGAGCUGCUGCUGAAGAUCCUGUCGUUCAAGCUGCAGCUAAAGUUCUUCGCCAUCGCCCUGAUCGGACUGCUCAUCAACAUUGCCCGGUUCUGGCUGGACUUCAAGAAGCAACCACAACCGCAGAAAGUGAUCUACUACGAGCACGCCCAACACCAGCACCAUUACGAUGACCAUGCCGGCGAUGACUUUGGCGGCUACUGGAAGCGAUCGCUGCACGGUGCCCAGGACGACGAGCACUACCAGCACCAGGGACGCGACCGCUACGACGAACCGUACCUGUACCGGAACCCGAAGCUCGCCCCGACCCCGUCCCACUAUGCUCCCCAGCUGGCGGACCCCCACGCCAUGGCUUAUCAGCAGCAGCGGCCAUACUGA